AUGGUAAAAGCCUAUCCUUAUCCCAAUGACGAGCAAGAGCUUGAUCGCCUCGACAUGCAACACCACAUGUUCAAACUGGUCAUGGAAGGCAAAAUAUACCAUGUUCCUCUGAAGGAGCCGAAGCAGAUCCUCGACAUAGGUACUGGAUCGGGUAUAUGGCCAAUUGAGAUGGCUCUUUUGUUCCCCAAGACCGCAAUUACUGGAACAGACCUAUCUCCAGUACAGCCCACGGAAGUCCCGGAGAAUGUUCAUUUCUUAGUCGAUGACGCCACAGAAGAUGAAUGGCUAUGGGAAUCGGACCAUUUUGAUUUCGUCCACAUUGGCCAUAUGAUUGGCGCCAUGCCUUCAUUUAAGCGACUAUUAAGGAAAACUUUUAAACACCUGAAACCGGGCGCAUAUGUCGAAUGUCAUGAAUUGGACCCGAAGCCAAAGUGCGACGAUGGGACCAUGCCACCCGAAAACCCCGAUGGCUACAGCGCCUAUGCCUUACAUGACUGGUUCGAUCUGAACAUGCGCUCCAGCCAGGAGGUUGAGCCAGCGAGGCAAUUUCGGAUCGCCCCGCGAAUUGAACGAUGGAUGAAGGAGGUAGGCUUUGUCGAUGUUCAGCAACGAGUUUUCAAGGUUCCGGUGAAUACCUGGCCGACAGACGAUCAUCUGAGUGAAGUCGGAAAAUGGAGCGAGAGCAAUUGGCUUGAAGCAUUGUCCGGCUGGUCAUAUAAGCCGUUUCUUGCGCUUGGAUGGUCGAAAGCGGAGAUCGAAGUCUUUCUCGUGAAUGUGCGGAAGAGUAUCCAGGAUCGAAAUGUGCAUGCGCAUGCCUGUCGGCAUGCGCUAAAACCACCCUCGACCCCGAGUCUCGAUCAUCUCUGGAUCAGCGAUGACCUACUUACGACAACGUUCCGUCGCUUCGCAAACGGGCAAAGACGCAAUGGCAGCUGCGUCCCUGGGCCGCUAGAAGCACGAAGACGCCUUGCGAAAAGGAGAAAUACAGCACUUGCUGGUAUAGGAGGUGGUCCGGUGGAAGACAUUGCGUGUUUAUUUGGGCGCAAUGGCCGCGAGCACAUGAAAUGGACGGAUCAUCAGUGGCAGCGAACACAACCUGACAACCUAGGUUCCAAUAGUUACGCCCGCGGGUAUUCCGAGAUUCCCUUGCCCUUUUAUGAUCACAACCCUGAACCUCUCGAACCAUUGGUUUCGCACGACAACCCGCCGACCCCCAAGAUGAACUCUACAAAUCGUACUCGAGCCUUGCAAAUACUUCUGGAACGGGAUGACUGUGUGAUUGAAGAUGCUCGAGAUUUUGUACGCCAAUUGGAAAUCGAUCUUCAGCGAGAGCCUGAAUUCAGCAGACAGAUCUUCGACCAUUUGCUUGAACGUUCGCCAAGAGACUUGUCACAACCCAUUAAGUUUCUUGAGGAUCCGUUUUUGAACACAUGGGGUUCUGGGAAUUACCUUGCUGCCGUGGAGUACUUCGUGCGUCACAAAGCGAAACGAGCGAGUCGAACCGCAAUUCUAAACGCGGUAGCCCGCGGUCUGGAACUAGGCUUGGUACCUACUGACGAGUUAUGUUUGAUUGUUCAAACUCUCCCGAAAAUACUCGUUGAGCGCAACAAAGCCUUGGGUGAAUGGGAUCAGAAAACAUUACUCAAACACUAUCGGUCCCUGUGGAAAGCGGUUGGAAGAUGCAACAUCCUCGGUUAUCGUGAUUUGGAUAUGAAAAUCACAGACUGUUGGCUUGAAGAAGUCAUGCGCAUUGGUUGUGUCCGUUUCGCCGAGGAAAUUGUCAUAGCGACGCACGAUGCAAGCUCUGAUACUGCAUGGCCUUCGGUACUGGUUACGGAGCAUCUUAAUCGCACGGACAAAUCUGACGCCGCGGAAUCUAUCUCAUACGCCAGCGUGUUUCUGGACCGAAUUGAUGCGGACUUGGCGGCCAAGUGUAUAGUUGAUGUGACCGAAUAUUUGUCCUCAGCCUCAUCAAACACGGCCAUUCGACAGCGAUCGCUUGAGCGAUGGAGAGAGUGCUUGUCACAGGUCUCGAACAUUGUUGCCAUCUCAAACUCACAGACAUGGGUUGAUAUGCCUUUGGCGUACAUGCAUAGUUCAGAGGAGCAAACUGAAAUCUCUCUUUCGAGUCUAUCAGUUCAGUCCCAGAUCGUCUUGCGCCUUUGGGCCCUGAGAACGUUGAGCAGGACCCUGGGUCCGAUGUACAACCAAGCUAUCAGAGCAACGGACCUGCCGAUUUGCUUCCUGCUAAAUCUCUACGAAACAAGUGCAAAGAAGACUGAUGGGUCUUUUCUGUCAGAUUUUAUGGCCGGGGUUCAGCGCCUAGACCUUCCAUACAACAGUCUUCUUUUGUUGGCUGUUGACCUCAAGCUGAGGAAGUUGACUUCCAAGACCACUCGGCAAACUCUUCAGCGACUGGAGACUGGCCAGACGUCCUUGGCAGACAUCUGGACAGACCAUUCUACCUAUCGAGGGGUUCGAGGCCUUUUCCAUGGUACAUUCGAACAAAUGUUUCGAAAAAUGGACCUGACUAGUCCCGAUUCUGUUCAAGAAUGUCUUCAUCUUGCCAGAACAGGAGACUCGAAGCAUGUGUGGUCUGUCCUACGACUUCUCAGCAACCAUAUCCCCUUUCAGCUUUGUCUUCACAAGGCCUGGGAACCCAUUCCUCAUUCCGACGAGAAAGCGCUGGUUCGCUAUCACCCAGGGCCUCGAGACAGCCAGUGUCCUGACCCAUAUGCCGCUGUCGAUUUCGUCCACCAACUGGCCGUUGUGUUCUCUUGCUGCAACCAACUUACUCCCUCUCGGUCAUUUCACCUUAUUCACUGGCUCUACGGCUAUCUGCGCCGACAUGGUGGUCCCGUACACCCACCCUUGGUUCGGGCUAUGUACCAUGCCGGUGUUGUGCGAUAUCGUCGUGAAGGCCGCCGGGUCUCGCCAACUCAAUAUGAGUACAUUCUCUGGAUCGCGAGGAAAUUCGAGGGACCCGAUGUCGUGAGGGAGCUUACCUCGGAACCAACGAUCGCCCGAGGCAGACCCAUCCAGCAGGAAGAUUACUCCUAG